UACCUUGAACUUAAACAACUUUUUGCCUUGGCACUGCAAGUAAAAAAAAAAAGUCAGCCCAAACCGUGCGCGCAAACGCAGCGUAAUACGGUGAACAGUCACGAUUUCAACCUCUGAAAGGCAGAGCGAGAGACAUGCAUUUGGCCAUAGUUGUCCAGCGGAAGAAGCGGGGUUUCUUUCACUCCAACAGCUUUUCACAUUUGCCAUGGAUACCAAACUAGCAUUACGCAUGGAAGUCCUUGCUGACAAUACCUUGUCAGUAGUUUUUGAACGCAACAGAUUAAAAGAAUUAAAACUCAACUAUGACAAGUACGAAACCAACAUCCAGAACAACAUGACCCAGCUCCGCGAAGGGUUAGGCGUCUUGGAACAACAGUUAUCCACUGCUGAAGAAAGUGGAGAAGCAAAUACCACGGAAGACGAAGAUAAAUUAAUCAAAUUGCAAAUCAAAGUCGAUAAAUUGGAUGCACUGAUGGGUGAAAAGGAUGAUCAAACGGCACGAGAGGUCUUGUUAGGGAACGCACGGAAACCGGCACGAUUUGCGGCUGUCGAUGUCGACCCUGAGGAUCUUGAAGAUGGCCAGAUUUUGCAAUUACAACAACGUAUUAUGGACGGUAAGCACCAAAGAAUCGCUUCCUUAUUCACUGGUGUCAUGGGCAUGUUGGCUCAGUUGCUGAGAUUGGAAUUGGUUGUUCUGGGUUUUUAGAACAAGAUCAGAACCUGGAUACAUUGUCGGAUGCUAUCCGACGACAACGAGAACUGGGCAUCAUGAUUGGCGAUGAGCUGGACACUCACGCCGAACUGAUCGAUGAAACCGAAGCCAUGGUCGAUCGCACAGAUCGAAAACUUCAGCAG